AUGGUCCGUGUCAAGCUGGUGCUGGAUCUAACCUACCUGGGGACACGCUUCGUUGGGUGGCAGGCACAGCCCCCGCGGCCGCCAGAAGAAAAAGGAGUACCGGGCCCGUGUCGUCUCUACAACCGCGGUCGCUGCAAGAAGGGCGACGGCUGCGGUUCGGCACACAUCUGCUCAGCAUGCUGGAGGAGGGGACUUCGAGAAACCCAUGCACUGUCCGAUGCCUGCUGCCCCGAGCCGGAGCAGGUUUCGGUGCAGGAGGUGGUGGACGCAGCGCUUCGAAAGGCUGCCAGGCUGGAAGAGUGGCCGCUCACGUCGCCGCCUGGCGGGGUGGUGGCCAGUGGCAGGACAGAUCGCGGCGUCCACGCCUACCAGAUGAUCGCUUUCAGCAAUUGUCACAUGUCAGGAAGUCCCAGCGAUUCCAUGCUUUGCAACUUCCCAGCGGUGUUAAAUGCCAACUUGCCGGCAGAUGUGCGCUGUCGGUCUGCUUGGUGGACAUUAGAUCUCAGUUUCUGCACCCGUGGCACGGCCGUGAAGACCUACACAUACUACGUGGCCCAGCAAAGCCCAGGAGCUGAGAUUCCGCCCAGGGCGUUGACAGUCCUGCAGCAAGCCACCUGGCUCCUCCCUCCCGAGACGUCGUGCCUGGACCAGGCGCGCAUGAAAGCUGCGGCCUCGCAGCUCGUGGGACGACAUGACUUCUCUGCGUUGUCCUCGGCGUCCGGUGGGGAGGCCGCCGAGCCUACGAUGGAUAAUCAGGAAACUUUGGUCAUGGAGGAUCCCCCCGAGGAGCAUGAUGAUGGUUCAGAUCACUUAUCUGAACACGAUGGGGCAUCCGGCCCUGAUGAUAUUGCUUCUGAUGCACACGAGCCAAGCGAGGAUCUUGGUUCCGCAGAUGAGGAUGAUGAGGCUACUUUCCGGAAGAGAUUCGAGGCUUUCGAUUCGGAGCAAGUUGAGUGCAUCUUGCAAAGCAUCAAAUCUCAUGAGUUGUUUCCAUUCUUCGAAGCUUUUCAAUCCGGCAGUGCCGAAUGUCAUUCGGAUGCGAGCCUGUUCGGAACCCUGCCGGUCGAAGAUGUUCUGGCAUGGAAUGCUUGGUUGGAGGAGCAUGGUGAAGCUUUGUCGCAACAUCAUGACGCCUAUGCUAUGUGUAUGUGCAUAUGUGUGCACGCAUAUGCAGCUGCCAAGGCGAAGCUGUCGGUCUUAUCUGGGCCUGCCGAGGUGAAAGCUGCUGACGAAGCAGCUGGGGCACCUGAGGGUGCAAGUCCUGCUAAGGAUGAUGAUGAACAAGGUGUUGACGGAUCUGAUGGUUCCGAUGCUCCCGCUGGGGAUCAUGAUGGGUCCGAGGGGUCUGGGGAAAGCGAAGACCAGUUUGCGUUCUUGGAAGAUUUGGUGGCUCAUGCUAGAUCUCUCAAUGUGGAUGAUGAUAGCCGUGCUCCUGGCUCCUCGAAGCGACGGUUGGACUUUACAGAUGAUGAUGAUGAUGAUGGCCGUGACGUCAAGAAGGAGGGACCGGAGGGCGGACCAGAGUUUGUCCCAUCCUCCUUCAAAGUAUCGGGCCUGCCUGCUGCAGAUAUUAACAAAGUUCAGAAGGCGGCUUUGGAGAGUGUGAACCAUCCCAUCUUGACCCCUCAAGAACAGCUCGACCUCAUUAAGAACGAGCGGGCCAAGAAAGCUGCAACCGCGCCCAAGAAAGGCAAAUGUGCUGGGAAUGGGUACUUCGUCUACUGGGCCCCGUCUGGAACUCUGUAUACAAUUCGUACGAAGGCAGAAAAGGAUGGGUUUCAGGAUGAUGACGAUGCGAUCACUCGUGUGGUGGAUGGAGAGGAGGCUGAGAAUUUGAAAAAAGAGAGGAAGGCUUUGAUGUACAAAGCUAGAUCCGCAUUGACUGAUAGUCUACAAGCUUUCAGCUACGCCGGCAAGGCGAUCGAUGCCCCGCUUUGGGGCACUCUGCCCGGCAUGAGCUCUCUCCAGAACCACAUCUCGAAGCUGACCCAGCAGCACUUACGCUACGUAAAGGUGGGAGGACGAGAUCUGGUGAACACACAAGCUUAUACAGCGUCCUUCGGCAUGGCCAUUGCAUCACUGAAGAGUGGUUGCUUGGGCCUGCCAGCGUCUGGCAGUUCUGGUGUGGAUCUGCCACGUAGAAAGAAGGGAAAGACGAUGGAUGAAAGCAAGUGCUUGGAUAAGCUAGUGAAGAUGGGAUUCGAUCGAGGUGCUGCAUGCGCUGCUUUAGCUAACAACCAAGGGGAUGCCACAAAAGCUGUGCUAGCUCUUGUGGCUGCAGAGAAAGCCGGCUUGAAGAAGCCUGCUGAGAAAAGCAGUGAGAAGCCCGAAGCAACUGAGAAGAGCAAAGCCAAGAAGCCCAAAGCCGUGAAGCCCGCCAGCAGCGAGACACCCGACAAGGCCCAUGCAACGAAUGCCACAAGCAAUGAAAAGCCGGAACCCAUGGAGGUCGACGAGCCAAAAGUCGUGACUUCCUCAGCCGUGAAGCCCGCAAGCAGCGAGAAGCCCAAAGCCAAGAAGAGCAAAGCCGAGAAGCCCCCAAGCAGCGAGGCACCCGAGGAGCCACCAUCCAAGCGAUCCAAGAAAACCCCAGAAGAAGAUGAUGAGGAGGCUCUAGACAUGGUUGAGGAGCUAUCCAAGAUGCUGGAUGAAGUUAAGGGAAACAAGGAUAAAAAAGCUAAGAAGGAGAAAGAGGAAACCAAGGAGAAGAAGGAUAAAAAGGAAGCCAAGGAGAAGAAGGAGAAAAAGGAAACCAAGCAGAAGAAGGAGGACCACUCGAAACAGGAAACCACUGGGAAGAAGGAGCAAAAGGAAACAAAGGAGAAGAAGGAGAAAGCUGCAAGCAAGGAGAAGAAGGAGAAAACGGAAACCAAAGAGACGACGAGCACAGCAAGCAAUGAUGCAUCCCCUUUGGAGACCCCUCCCCCACGUUUGCGAGAGCCCCCUGCGAGCGCAGAGAAGGUUGAGAAAGCUGAUCUUCGCAACCUCAACCCGAAGUCGAUGGCCAAGUUUUUCAACCCUGACACAUACAAGGCUGGUGAUGCUCCGGCCCCGUGCAAAGCUCGCAAGGUCAUGGAACGCCAAGCAACGGUCGCAAGCAUCGAGGUGGAGGGUGCCCUGGUCGAAAGCCCAGAGCGCAACACCGAGACUGUGGCGGCCUCACCUACAGCCACGGAAGCUGCCACUGCCACUCCGCCCCCAAGCACAAACAAGGCAAGUCCGACCGCCGUGCCAACCCCUACCGAAGUGACCACCACGCCGUCACCCGCAGAACAAACUGAAAAGCCUGCCCGCAGCAAGACUCCCCAGGCACGGGCCAUCAAGCUUUCUCCUGCUCAGCUAGACGCAUUGAAAAACAUGGCCUCACCUACUGAUAUGCCUCGAGCUGAACGCAAGCGGCAGUUCGCUGCUUUGGGUCGUCAGCUCAAAAGCCAGGCAGAGUUGCACCCAGCACUCGUGGCUAAGUACAGUGCGGCUGAUGAUACGACGAAGUUUGACAUGCUCCGUGAGUGGAUGACGAAUGAUGGAGACCUUGGUGCUAUCUAUGUGGAAGAGAAGUUCACCAAGGUGGUGGAAAACAUGAAUACGGAUCAAUACGCCACCGUCACGGUGUUCCAAUUGGAGAAAAUGUUCGGGGAUUCUCCGGAGGCAUUGGAAUUUAUUGGCGAGUUGAUAAAAGGACAGAAGGGGACAGCACACCCCCAAGCGCCAACGAUUGCCAAAGCACGCAUGUACCGUGUGCUUAAGUGCAUCCUGGAGGAACAUCGCAAAGGUCACAAGGGUGAGACUUCUGUGAGUGUGUCGGGAGAAGUUUCGGAUCCAGCCGCUAAGAAAUCGAUCAGCGAGAAGAUGCAAAGUGGUUUGAAGGCCCUGGACAACACCCAAUUCCUGGAUAGGGACUCAGGCAAGAUUGUACUGAAUAAGAAGAACAGCAAGAUCCCAACCGCCAAAGUCCUAACCGCCGAAGAGAAGCUCGUUGACGACUUUAGCAAGCUGGUCAAGAAGUUUCGAGGCUUCCCAGCGAAGAUCACAGAACGACUGCGCGAUAUUGGUGGGAGCAAGCACUGCAAUGAGCUUGUGGAGAGCUUGAAGCACUUCCGGGACCAGCUGCCUUCUGAUAUCAAAAAGAUGGAGAAAGUCUUUGAGAAGAGCAGCGCUUCAAACCUGCAGGUUCCCUACGAUGAGUUUUGCUCAAAGGCUACCUUAAUCGAAGAUGAUCUUAAGGAGGCCCUUCGACGAAAGCCGAAGAAGGCCAAAACCGAUGCUAAUGCUUCUGCUAAAAAAGCAGCAAAGGGCAAAGCGGCCCCGUCCUAG